CCAGUCCUCCUCACAAGGCGCUCUUUAAGGUCCGGUGUUGCCACACAGAGCAGCCAUUCAUCGGCUCUACAGUCAGCCACACACACUCCCAUGUUGAACCACUGGACAUCUAUAUUGGUGUAACUACGUUUGCUGAAACGGAUUUCCAGCCGAAGGUGGAAAGGAUUUGGACACUUUUACGCAGCACCAUGGCUUUCCCUAAAAAGAGUCAGCAAUAACUGGGAUCGUCGCAGACUCCUCACAUCGUGUUCAAUUAAAACGUAUUAAUUAUAGAGAAUAGGUUGGACUCUCUCUAAAACCAAUUUGCAUUCUUGUCAUACAUUGAAAUAAAAACAACUAAAUAAAAAUGUCCGGCGAGGAGCAUAGCCUGUCCGAGGCGGAACUGAGUCCCGGAGGGUCCGACGAUGGUCACUCACUCUCACCGACUCAACCCGGAGCGCCACCCCGCGAGGACUCACCUCUGAUCGGGCCGCCGCAGCAGCUGACCUCACUCUGUGUUGCAGAUGGCAGCGAAGAUGACGCAGGAGAUACAGCCAAAUCGGAGAUAGAGGAAGAUCGCUUCCCGAUUGGCAUCAGGGAGGCGGUCAGCCAGGUGCUGGACGGAUAUGACUGGACACUCGUGCCCAUGCCGGUGCGCGUUAACAACGGGAGCAAAGCGAAGCCCCACGUAAAGAGGCCCAUGAACGCCUUCAUGGUGUGGGCUCAAGCGGCGAGGAGGAAACUGGCCGACCAAUACCCCCACCUGCACAACGCGGAGCUCAGCAAGACCCUGGGCAAACUGUGGAGGCUGCUGAACGAGGGCGACAAGAGGCCAUUCAUCGAGGAGGCGGAGAGACUGAGGAAACAGCACAAGAAGGACUACCCGGAGUACAAGUACCAGCCCCGGAGACGCAAAAACGGCAAACUAGCUUCUGCUAAUGAGUCGGACAGCCAGGGGGAAGGGGAGGCAAGCCACUCCCAGUCACACUACAAGACCCUGCACCUGGAACACAAUGGCGGGGCUGGGUCUCCCCUGGGUGACCUGCACCACCACCACCAUCACCACCACCAUCCUGCUGGUCAGGGUCACAGCCCGCCCACCCCCCCCACCACCCCGAAGACAGAGCUCCAGUCUGGGAAACUGUCAGAUGCCAAGAGGGAGGGGGCUGCAGGAUCGGCAGGAGGAUCCAGGGGAGCGCUCAGGGUGGGGGAUGACGGGGCCUCAGGUGGCCCUUCAUCAUCGAGCUCUAAACCCCACAUCGACUUUGGCACCAUGGACAUCGGCGAUAUCAGCCAUGAGGUGAUGUCCAACAUUGAGCCGUUUGACGUAAACGAGUUCGACCAGUACCUUCCGCCAAACGGCCACCCGCAGAGUGGACCCGGGGCCCCUUCAGCCGGAUCCUCGGCCUCGUCUUACGCCUAUGCCCUAGCUGCUGCUAGCGGGCACUCCGCGUGGCUCUCCAAGCAGCAGCAGCAGCAGCCUCAGGCCUCUCCGUCUUCCUCUGACCCCUCCAAGGCCCAGAUCAAGAGUGAGUCUGUGGCUGGUAGCCACUAUGCCGACGCCUCCUCCUCGCCCUCCUCAGGCACCCAUGUCACCUACACCCCGCUCAGCCUCCCCCAUUAUGGCUCCGCUUUCCCCUCGCUGGCCUCCAGGGCUCAGUUUGAGUACGCCGAGCAUCAGGCCCCCGGGGCGUACUAUGCCCACUCCAGCCAGGCCCCAGGUCUGUACUCAGCCUUCUCCUACAUGGGCCCUUCACAGAGGCCUCUGUACACUACCAUAGGAGACCCUUCCAGCGUGGCCCCCUCUCACAGCCCCACGCACUGGGAGCAGCCUGUUUACACCACACUCACAAGACCUUGAGGGAGACCAGCUGAGCAGAGGGAAAUAUGGGAAGUGUGUGAGUGGAACUGUGUGACUGUGGGUGUGCAAAAUAUCUGAGCGUGUGAUUGUGAAUGUGCGUGUGUGUGUCUGUGCCAUAUUGAUGUUAUAUUAGAGGUUUUUACUUUUGUAGCCAUUAUAAUGCAAGACGCAUCCACGGGGCCUUAUACAGUUUAAAAGAAAAACAGCCACAAACUCAUACAAUAUAAAGUGUGAAUCAUGGGUCAAAUGCCAAUCAAAAAUUAAAUAAACCUUAAUAAACAUGUGCCAUUAUACAUUUUAUAAUUUGUAUAAAGUUUGUACACAGCGUGAGACUCUGAAAGUACAGUUGUUGCAUUGAUGAGUGACUCUGAUUUGACCCAGCAACGAUGGGUUUAGACUGACAUAAUCAGAUUUUAUUAACCAAACUAAAGCAGAUGUUCUUGAUGUUAUUGUGUUAUUUUAUAUGAGUAGUAAGUUUAUUGUCAAUGUUGAUAUCCUAGGGUGUAACUUUAUUGUGACUGAUUUGAUAUUACACUAAUACAUCUUCACCACUGCUUUGGGAAAAGCACGUUUUGUUUUCAAUAAGAUGUUCCCUGCAUGGGGUUGUAUUUCUUUCACGGCCAGAAAAGGAUAGUUGCAACUCUUUUUUUUUCUUGUAGAUAGCACACUCUGACCUUUCAUUACAUUGACUUCACUGAACUGAAGACUUAAGCAUUUAAGGGGAAAAAAGGAAAAAGAGAGGGAAAGAGAGCUCCUAAAGAUGUAUUUCAGCUUAACACUCAGUCUUGGACACUUACCUCAACUCUUUUCAUUUUGUGCCAAUAGCAAAGGAGAAAUAAGACACUGGAUACCUGAUCAAAAAAAGGCUAAAGGUAUUCAGAUUUUCCGAGCAGUAAACCUCUGCUUCUUUUUUGCUUUUUAGUGCCUAACAUUUUGCUAAUACACAUCAGAUUUUUCUAAUAACUGAGUUAAAAUACAUAAGUGCAAAUUCUCAACCAAAUCUCUUCAGGUAAUUGGCCAGCUUUGGGUCCUACUUAAGGAUUAGAAUCACAUGUACGACCCCUCUGCACUGCUAAAGCAUGUUUUCGUCCUUACACUUUUUUUCUAUAUUGUGUCCAAACAGGGCUCUUCCUCUUCAGCAAUGUGAAUAUUGGUCAUUACCACAUGCUUCAACUUUAUUACCUGACACAUACUUUAUCAUUUUAUACUGACCCUCUUACCAUGUAGUUAUUAUUUUGUGUGUCACAUCUUUGCUUCUUCCAUUUUGUAUAAUUCUGGAUAGUUUUGUAAAGUGUUUGCUAUACAUUCACUUGAGUAUUUUGCUUCCAUAAAAGAAAAGCAAUGUUGAAAUGUUAUUGUUGUCAUCUAUUAAAUCAAUUUA